AUGUAUAGUCUGGAUUCUCUCAUAAUCAAAACCUUGUUUAUAAAGCCAACUGCUGCUACGUCUCCAACCAACUACAACAGCAGAAUCAUUCUUCCUAUUGUCAUUCAAUUGCCGGUAGAAAGCAGAAAAUCCUUAGAUAGCACUGACAGGAAAAGUGCUGUUCACGAACAGAUUCAUCAGCGUCUCAGAGGAGAGAGUUUCACCUUAAACGUGAGCCACUUCUUCCUACCUCGCGAUCUGCAGCAACAGGACCUCUUUUUUGAAGUCGACCAAGCCGCCUUGCAAGGCGAGGUUCUGCUACAUUUGUGCAGGCGAAGCAAGGGCAAUGGGAAUAGCUGUUGGUUGGCUCCGGUUACUUCAUUCAAGCUUGAACAUCUAAAGGCUGGGCAGGUAAUGUACGUGCGCAAGAAGGCCACGCUAAAUGAAGCAAGGCGUGACCGACUGCGGAUUAAAGUCUGCAACACAAAGCUGCAUUGCGACCUGCAUGGCGACCGACCAAUAAAGCUCAUCACUUUCUUUCUGCGACUUUAUCCCCUUCAAGAACCACCAUUUUUCUUAGACAUUCCUAUCACAGACUCUGAAAAUUUUGUCUACUUUAACCUUAGCAUGUUUUCAUUAUUUCUACCGGAUUUACUACGCGGUGGACGCUUAAGGGUCUGGCGUCCUCCAAAAUAUGGACAUGUAUUUGUCGACAACAUUCCAGUCCAUGAAAUCGAAUAUGCUCAUUUACUUAAUCGGGUGAUUUUUUAUACCAAACGGCAUCCGAACGUGACACAAGACGAGUUUGUUCUAGGUUCCGAUUAUCAUCAUUUGCCCAACACAUGUAUGUUGGACUCUUCGCCAAGCCCGGCUUCCAAAACUGUUUUGGUUCGCCUACAUACUAAGCCCCUGGUAUAUUUUCGACCAAUCACUGCGCAGAUUGGGAAGACGAUGCUCAUUUCAGAAAGUCUGCUGGACUGCUCACUUCUUGUGAAAUCUGUUGAGGGCAUGAAAGAGUACUUUCCAAUGGUUCGCACUGGCGAUGUUGGCCAGAAAGUUAAACAGUCACUUAUAAUCAUCGUUCCACAAAAAUUGCUGGUCGGAGAGAUAACGGUCCAGCGAGACAUAGCUGAGGAACCAUCCAAGAAUUGUCUAUCCGUCUUUGGAAAACUUUGCUUCACUUAUGAUGAUAUUGUCAGUGGCAAGAUAAUCUUCAAGAGUUUCAGCAACAUUUCGCAAGUAGCUUCUAAUAGCACAGUGAACAAUGAUGUCUUCCGGGAAGAGAAGGUACCUGUGCUUGUACUUGCUCAGGACUUCAUGAACCCAGCUGCAUCUCAACUGACAAUUGCCCUGACAGCACCGCAUCAGCGGCUAAGGUCCGACGGCACCAUGCAAGAUAAUAUCCUUCUUUCUGACUCAGUCGACGAUAUGAUGCCGACCAAGUUAUCGGAGAAAGCAAAGGCGGUUAACUGGAAUUUUUCUGCGAAUGGCAAAGUUGGUGUGGCCGUUGCUGUUGGUUUCGUCUGCACUGGACUUUGUUUGUUAGUAAUCAUGGCGUACUUUCUACUUCGACGCUGGCGUCGAAGCCUCAGGCAACAAGGAGUCACCACAUACAACCAAAUGGCCUUCAGUGAGCAGGCAACGGACUACAGAGCUCCGCGCAACCGUCCCAAAUUCUAUCGUCUGACCAAAACAAAGACUCAGGUCGAUGAAUUGCCCGAAAGAAUGCCGGAAGCUGACGAGAUUAUCUUGCAACCAAUUCACAGCUGUACGCCAAUCUCUCUCGCGUCCUCAGGUGUAUCGCCUGAACAGGUGGAAGCUGCAUCUUUCUACUUUGUUUCCAUGCCUGCGCGCGGGAACUCUUGCACUCUGCCAAUAUCGACGUCAAACAUCUCGCAACAGAGCGUGGUGUCACCCGUCCGUCUGACCCAGAAUGUGCACGAGGGGUCCGGAGGUGAUGGAACUUUGGUGGCAUUGCCAAGAGUUAGUGGCGACAGUCCAAUCUGGAACCGACAGUCCGUUGCUGGGGUUUCAAAGGUAAUGUUUAUUGAUUUCAUCCAGAAGGUGGAAGAGGAGAAGGGAAACGAAAACACGCCUAUCUGUGUAAUUGGCGAUUCAUAUUGUGCACAUGCUGUAAACAGUUUUGGCCAUUGUGAAGAGUGUCAAAAAAGAACAGACCUUUUGGAUCAAAAAACUGAGAUAGAAAUCUGUCCAGGUUGUAAGAUGUAA